UAUCUUUUUUCUUAAGUUAUAGAUUCAUAAUUAUACAUGACAUUAUUCAAUGAUAUGUGGGAUUUUAUAUUGGUGUUUUUAUUUAUUCGAUGCACACCAAGAGACGAAGUUUCCUUAUAGCAACAAGGAAAAUUUUAACUUGGAAUAUUUUAACAAAGAAUUUUUUGUUAUUAUCUACAUUUAAUUUAAGCAAUUUAUAUAUGAAAUUCUAACAAUCGUGAUUUAUAUAUGUAAAUAAUUUAAAUAAAUAUACGUAGUUGCUAUCAGAAUAUCGACUUUUCUCUCGUAUACGAUAAAUCUAAUUAAUGAUGGGUUUUUACGUUCGAUAAUAAAUGAUUACGGAUAUCAGAUAAUACAUCUAACAUAUCUAAUCAUAUUUCCGUAUGUAUUAACAUGUUUAAAAAGCUAGACACGAUAAUUUGUUGCAAUACAUUAAAAUAAGACAGAAUGUAUUGCAUGUGUUACAAUAUCUUGUUUUGCAACAUCAAUGGUUUUAUGUGUGCGUGUACUUGAAGGAACCUUCGAAUAGUUUCACUAUACUUCUCUUUAUGACAAAAAGUCCAUUUUAAAGUUACAAUUCAUUUAAUGACUAAUCUAUAAAUGUUUAAGUAACAUUGACGAAUAGUUGCGGUGAAUAAUAGCAGAACGACUUGACAGUAUGCGCUUAUUCAUUGCGAAACAAUGUACGAAACUAUCGUUUAACUCAAUAUUUCACGUUAGUGGGAAAAUAAAUAACGGAAGAAUGGCAGAAUUACAGAAAAGGAAAAUUCACAUUUGUAGUAAACCAGAGAAGUAUGACUAUGUUGAAGAUGUGGUGUGUAAUAAAACGGAUAUCAAAGAAAAUGAAAUGAAACUAUUGCCACUUGGAGAAAGUGGGGCAAAAGUCUUGUUGAUUAAACAAAAGGGGGAAUUACAUGCUAUUGGUACAAAAUGUACGCAUUACGGAGCAUUACUUCAUACAGGAGCGCUAGGAGAUGGAAGAAUAAGGUGUCCAUGGCAUGGUGCAUGUUUUAAUAUCAAAACAGGAGAUAUAGAAGAUUACCCAGGAUUGGAUUCUUUACCAUGUUACCAAGUAAACGUGGAUGAUAGUGGUCUUGUACGUGUGAAAGCAAGGCGUAAGGAUUUAGAAUUCAAUAGAAGGGUCAAGAAGAUGUGUGAACAAGAUCCCAAUAAUAAUACUACCGUCGUAAUAGUUGGAGGUGGUCCAGCAGCUGCAAUUUGUGCAGAAAGCUUGCGACAGGAAGCCUUCACAGGAAAUAUUAUUAUGGUCUGUAAGGAGAACACAGUGCCAUAUGAUAGGGUAAAGGUAUCCAAAACAUUUGAUAUAGACAUUGAAAAAGCAGUUUUGAGACCACUUUCGUUUUACAAAGAGCAUAAAAUCGAAACCAAACUGGGUGUAGAAGCUACAGGAUUAAAUACAAAUGACAAUGUUGUCCAUUUAAGUAAUAACGAAAGAUUAACGUACAAUUAUCUAUUUAUUUGUACCGGAAGUAUGGCCAGAAAACCUGAUAUACCUAUUAAUUUAUCUAACAUUUAUGUAUUAAGAAACUACACAGACUCUCAUGCUAUAUCCUCCAAAUUAUCAUCAGACAAACAUAUUGUAAUACUCGGAUUAGGUUUCAUUGGUAUGGAAGCUGCUGCUUAUUGUAUAAAUAAAUGUGCAUCUGUCACCAUCAUAGGAAGGUCUACAGUUCCGUUACAAACAGUUUUUGGUACAGAAAUUGGUAACAGAAUCAAACGCCAGUUUGAAGAACAAGGCGUUAAAUUUAUAUUUGAACGUAAUAUCACACAGUUUGUUGCAAAAGAUGAUGAUAAGAAUGCUGUAGGUACAGUUGUACUUACCAAUGGCGAAGCCCUUCCUGCUGAUAUAGUGAUCAUUGGAAUUGGAUCUAAAUUAUAUACAGAUUGGAUAAAGGAUACUCCUAUUAAAAUGUUACAAGAUGGCAGUAUCGUAGUGGAUAAGUACUUGAAAACAAGCGUUGAAAACAUAUAUGCAGGUGGUGAUAUAGCGUAUGCACCGCUAUUUGGUUCCGAUGACAUUUCAGCUGCAAUAGGCCACUAUUCGUUGGCCCAUUACCAUGGUAAAAUAGCAGCAUUAAAUAUAUGUGGUAAAACUACCGCUGUAAGUGCCAUACCAUUUUUCUGGACAACGCUAUUCGGGAAGAGUUAUAGAUACGUCGGAUACGGAAAACCAGAGAAAGUAAGAAUUUAUGGUUCCCUAGAGAACUUGGAAUUUUUUGCAUAUUACAUUAAAAAUGGUAAAGUUAUCGCUGUAAGUAGCAUCGGAGCAGAUCCUGUAGCAGCAGAUUUUGCAAAUUUCCUGCACGAAGGGAACAUACUAACAGAAGCGGAGGUCGAUCGAGAUCCAUUUGUUUGGAUAAGAAAUAAACCGAAGGAUUUAGAGACUAGAUUCAAAACUGAAACUAUCGUAGAUCCAUGAGUCGAAAGCAUAUAAAAAUUAUUUAAAUGAAAUUCUCAUACCAGGACCUUGAUAUUGAAUUCUAUAAUGCAUUUUGUAUUUCUAUAAUCUAUUUUUUUAGAACUUCUAAAUAAAACCGAGCCUAAC